AUGAGUACCACCUCCCAGACCCCCAAGGAAAAGUUCGAGGCCGUUUUCCCCUCGAUUGUCGAUGAGCUCGAGGCCACCCUUAAGAAAACAAAUAUUUCUCCUGAAGCCAUUGAAUGGUACAAAAAGAGCUUGGUCUACAACUCUGUUGGCGGCAAAGCCAACCGCGGUCUCUCGGUUGUCGACACUUACCGUCUGCUUAAGGGUAAGACUCUUGAGGAAUUGUCUGAUGAUGAGUAUAAGCGUGCUGCCAUUCUUGGCUGGUGCGUUGAAUUGCUCCAAGCUUAUUUCUUGGUCGCAGACGACAUGAUGGACCAGUCCAUCACCCGCCGUGGCCAGCCCUGCUGGUACCGCGUGCCCAAGGUUGGCAACAUUGCCAUCAAUGAUGCGUUUAUGCUUGAGGCUGCAAUUUACAUUCUUCUCAAGAACCACUUCAAGAAGGAAGCCUACUACGUCGACCUCAUUGAACUUUUCCAUGAAGUCACUUUCCAAACUGAACUUGGCCAGCUCCUCGAUCUUCUCACCGCCCCUGAAGAUGAAGUCGACUUGUCCAAGUUCUCACUUCAAAAGCACUCCUACAUUGUCACCUACAAGACUGCCUUCUACUCCUUCUAUCUCCCUGUCGCUCUUGCUAUGUACAUGGCUGGCAUCUCUUCUGAACAAGACCUCAAGCAGGCUAACGACAUCCUGAUCCCUCUUGGCGAGUACUUCCAGAUCCAGGACGAUUACCUUGAUGUUUACGGUGACCCUGCCGUCAUUGGCAAGAUUGGUACCGAUAUCCAGGACAAUAAGUGCAGUUGGGUCGUCAACACCGCACUCAAGAUUGUCACCCCGGAGCAACGCCAAAUCUUGGACGAAAACUACGGCAGAAAGGAUGCUGAAAAGGAAAAGGUUGUCAAGAAACUUUUCGAAGAACUCAACAUCCAGCAACUUUACCUCGAUUACGAGGACAAGAUUGUUAAGGAGCUCCGUGAAAAGAUUGCAAAAGUCGACGAGUCUAGAGGCUUUAAGGGCUCUGUUCUCGAGGCUUUCUUGAACAAGAUUUACAAGAGACAAAAGUAA